GGGGGUAUAAUAGUGAAGACACCAACCUUCCAGAAGGCAGAUUCGUGUGCUCCGUGCUGAUAAAGAUAUUGAUUCAACAGUGUAAACUGGGAUGGCACUGGGAGUAAUACUGGUCAUUGUGGCAGAAUUUUUACAAGUGGUACAUACGGAAGGCCUUGCUAAACCCAAUAUCAGCUGUAUUAUCUACAACCAGGAGUACACCCAGUGUAUGUGGAGUGAACAUGAGGUGCCUCAAAUCAACUACACGUUCUUCAGAAAAUAUAAGAAAACGAUGCAGUAUUCUGAGUGUUCACAAUACAUCCAGAAAAAGGAAUACAACACCGGCUGUAAACUGGAAUUCAACCCAGACCUGAAGUUCAGCAAUUUCCAAGUAAAUCUGUCCUCUCCAAAAAACUCUGUCCAGUGGGAUUAUACAUUCCAGCUAAAAGAGAAAGUGCUAAUGAAUCCUCCUGUGAACAUCAGUGUGACUAGCAGCAGUGACAAUGACAUCAAUCUUACUUGGAACAUUCCUGUAACGUUAAAAAAAGGAUGUUUGGUAUCCCAAGUGAAAUAUAAAAACAACAAGGAUGUGCAAUGGCAGACUUCUCCUGAAAUAUUUAAACAAACUCAGUUUAACUUGCCAUUUGCUGAUGAAUCUCUCCUGUAUGAAUUUUACGUGAAGAUUACAGUGCAUAGCAAUUGUGGAGGUUCUAGCUUCUGGAGUGACUGGAGUAAGCCAGUCUACUGGGGCAGCAACAAAUCAGAAUCACUCCAUCCCACAGAGGUUACUUCAUUUUUCCAUGGAUAUGUUUUCAAAGCCAUAAUUUGUCCAGUCAUGGGCUCUGCAAUCCUUUUGUUUCUUGUGUGUAUGCUUGCACAGAAUGAACGACUAAGAAUCAUUCUGGUACCAGUCAUUCCGAAUCCAGGAAAGAACUUUGAGGACCUGUUUGGUCCAUACAAUGGGAAUUUUCAGGAGUGGAUGCAUAUCUCCAAGGAUGUUGUGGAGGGUUUUAAACCCAACUAUACAGAGCCAGUAUGGCCAGUGAUGGAAAGGAUGGAGAGUUCUCAUGAAAUAUCUCCUGAGGAUAGAAGAACAAGCAAUGAGUCCCAAGGGUCUGAUUGCGUACUCUUGAUAGACAAUGAUGAAGAUGAUAGUAUGUCGACUUCAAGCACUUCAACAAGCUCCACUCUGCCUGCUCCUCCUUAUGAUGAACCUCUUUUGGGGGAUAAGGAGUCAAUGUAAUUUGACACCUACCUUAAUGCUCAAUGUCAGUCUACAGCCUAGUAGCUAGUCAUAUAAAUGUAAUUAGUACUGUGAUAAGUGUGAAAAAAUCUGUUGAAAUCCAUAUAAAAUGCUUUAUUAGUGCAAAAACAAAAUGAGCAUUUAAAGCAAAUUUCUGGGAAAAAGAGUGUAAUAAGCUUUUCUGCUCUGUUAUUAGCUAAGAAUUGUGAAGGCAAUUUGCCUUUGUCAUUUAAAUGUUAAAAAAUGUUCUGUCAUUUUAAAAACAUUAUUUUGUAAGAGGGCUUAUGUACUAAAAUAACCAAUACUAAAUGUAAUGUGAAAAAUAGCAAGUGGUGAGACUGCUGUGAUUAUCUGUUUAUUCAUCAAUUACUAACUUACUUAAGAAAAUGAAAUUUUUCAGCAUCAACAAGUGAAAUGCAGACUCCAAAGUGUUUCAUGCGAGGAUCCACAUAAGUGUUCACUCAUUUAGUCUCACACUGGGUCAGCGUCAAGUCUUCGCGUGACUAAUGGCACGUCUUUAAUAAUAAUAAUUCAUUACAUUUAUAUAGCGUUUUUCUCAGUACUCAAAGCGCUAUCCACACAGGGAGGAACCAGGAAGCGAACCCACAAUCUUCCACAGUCUCCUUACUGCAAAGCAGCAGCACUACCACUGCGCCACCUGUGAGGACUUAGUCCUUAGACAUUAGACUUAGACACAGUCUUUGGACUAUGGGAGGAAAUCUACAUGAAUACAAAGACAAUAUGUCAACAAUUUGACUAUCCAUCCAUCCAAGUUUCCAUUCCUUUUUCCACUACAGCAUUACAAGGAGGCAGAGGUUAGGCUGGUAGCAUCAGCAGAGACCAACUCUGGACAGGACAUUUGGUAGGUAUACUCACUCACUCAUAAUUUUGGGAUAUAGGGAAGAAACCAAAGUAACUGGAGAAAAAGAGUGUUUAAACUUGGGGAGAACAUUUAAAAUUUACACAGACAAUGAAAAGGCUAGAAAGUGGACCCAGGUCCUUUGAACUCAGAGGUGGCAAAAUUAAAUAUUCUGCCACUGUGCCACCCUAUCUAUCUAUAAUAAAGUAUGGUGCUCAUUCCUAUACACCCAAAUAACAAAAAAAACAUAUUUGAAGAUGUAUAAAUAGAGGAUACAUGUAUGGAUUCAUUCUGAUGAGUAUGAUAUUAAAAUAAUCAUUAUAAGAUAAAUACAUAGACGACAUAUUAUAUAUUUGGGUUCUUCCUUGGUGUACCUCAGUUCUUCGUGCGGAUCUCUUGACUUGCCUCAUCCAGGACAGUGCCUCCUUAGAUAUCUGGUAAAAAAGACUAAUGAAGACUACAGAUACAGUAACGAACAACCAAGCAGUGUACUCUUUUUCAAGGGUUGCACACAAAGAAAAGGUCUAAAAAAGCGUAGUUGUGUUUAAAUAUACAGUCUUGGGCCUAUAUCUUGGACAGUUCUUAUCAAAAUAAAUGAAAUUCCUUCAAAAUUGUCAGGUUUUCCUAUGGCAUACAAGACCAGCAAUGUGAAAACAAGGCACAACUCACUAUUUCUGUCCAUAGUGGUGCAGAUAUCCCAGUUUAUUUCUAGUAAGCUCUUUGAAUUUAUACUCGAGUGCUAUCCUCACAUUGACCAUAUUACGUAAUAGAUGCGAUUCAGAAAAUGAAGAAGAGGAUUGUGAAUACAUCGUUACACAUCUCUUUAUUAAACAUGAACCUGUAAUGAUUUUAUGUUUCUAUGCCAUAGACUACAGCAGUGGUCUGGAACCUGUAAGACUGCAGCUUGAAAUUGCAUUGCUGAUUUAUUGUAUGACCAAAAGUAAUUUGGUGAACCUAUCUGCAAUCUGACACGUCCUUGUGAGUGGUGUGGGGCUGUUCUCGUAAAGUCUAUUCAUAAAAAGCACAAUAUGAAGAGCUAGGAAUCAUACAUCAUUCUUAAAUUUUUUGAAAGAAAGCAAAUCUUACAAAGCUCUCCAUAAUAAUGAUGAGUUUGUACCUUAUGUAUGUUUUAAAUUUUUAUGUUAAAGUUGUUUAAUGUAAUAUUUUUGAAUGAAUAAAUAAAAUUUAUUCAAAAUUUCUAAA